UGAGCUCACCAGACGCCCUCGCCAUGGCAGAGAUGCCUGAGGGGUAUGAUCUGGUCUUUUCGCCAACGCCGACCGAUGCCGAGAAGCGGCUCGUCCACCGCAUUAUGCACCGCCGCCUCCCCAAUGCCUCCAGUGUGGUUACCCGCCUUGUCCGCAGGGGAGCCCGCCCGGCCAGCCUGCGUAUGCGGAUCGAGCGCAGGGACGCCCCUCUCCACUACAAUCUGGACUUGUCACUUGUCGGGCUGGCCAUCGACGACGUCACGGGCAGCUACGUGUCCGCCUACAUGGACGGCGACGAUCUGAAGCUGCCGUGCUGGUCGUCGCGAGAGGAGCAGAGGGAGGUGCUUGAGACGCUCAUCCGUCAUGGCUGCCAGCCGGGGCGCGAGGACCUGAAGACGGCCAUCAGCAUGGCGAAUGCGGUGGCGGUGGAGGUGCUCCUGGCGCAUGGCGUGGCUGUGGGUUCGUGGGCGCUGGUGCCGCCCCGGGUCAACGAGACGCCGGCGGACGAGUAUUGCAGGAAGCUGCUGCAGAUCUACCAGAGCUUGGUUGAGCGUGAUGCGUCCAUCAUUGCCGUGCCGCAGCCGGUGCAUCAGGUGCACGUGGCGAGACUGCGGCUGUACCCCGAGACCUUCACAGAGGGGUGAGGCAAGGCACGGCAGCAGAGGGAGAUCGACAGACAGACAGACAGACAGGUGCAUCGCAUUUGUGUGUGUGUGUGCGUGUCUGUGUGUCUGUGUAGGUACCUAGAUCUAGUCCUUGACAAGGGUGCUUCGGUAGCGCAGCUGCCGGGCAACGAGGGCGCCACCCUCCUCUCCCUCGCAGCCAUGCUGGGGUGUCGAUUCGUCGUCGCCUACCUCUCCAAGCACUUGCCCAUAGCGCAGAUCGACGCCGUUGCCGACAACGGCACCGCCCUCGCCAUCGCCGGCAUGCAGAUACGCAAAUAUGCUGGGGCUGACCGGCAGGCGGACUACUGCCAUGUCGCUCGGUCCCUGCUGCGAGCUGGUGCGUCCAUCGAGCAGCUGCUCACCCCUUUGAACGAGGACGAACGAGAGCAGCGGCGGCUGGUGGUCGACGAGUAUGAGAAGGCGCUCAACGAGCUGCCCGACCAGCUGACGUCGGCACUCAACGACGCUCUUCGGCCGCACCGUUGUCUCGCGGAGUUCGUCGCAUUCGUGCUCACCACUCAGGCACCCCACAGCCACCCUGCCAUCCCCGACCAAGAGGCAUCCCUGCUGGCCUGGCGGAUCGCGGCCUUCUGCAUCGAUUUGGAGGCCGCCCACGCUGCAGCCACUCGUGUGCUGAGGUCAGACUUCCCACUGGGCCGGCGCAUCAACACGGCCAUGGCGCAUUUCGUGACAUGUGCUGCGACCAAGACGGCGAGCAACAGGGAGGUGGUGGGCGGGGUCAUGGAGGUGAGGGGGGAGAUGGUGCGGCUGCCGCCACUGCAGUGCUUUGGCGUCAACGAGGGCGACACGACAAGAGCGCUGGGUGUCCGGGAGGUGAUCCACAAGGCGAGAUUGGACGAGGCUGCACGAUAUCGGCUGUCUGGUGUGGCCAAGGGCUUCAACACCGACCUGGGCGAUGACGAGUGCCAGUUCCAGUGGCGGCAGCUGGGGCAUUUGGAUAAGACAGGCCAGUUCGUGUCGAUGGGGAUCGACUAGACGCGCGUCAUGCAUGAGGGGAAUGGGUGGCUGAGCAGUAUUUUUCUGUGUUUGGCUGCUGUGAUGAGACUGACGGGACGGCAGGCACAUUGAAUCGUAUCCUUCAUCCAUCCAUAAGAGUCCG